UUAAGAAAUCAUGCUUUCCAGAAAAUUACUAAAAUUAACUGUUUUACAGAAGUUUAAUUCAAUAAGAUCAGUGCACAGAAAUGUAUAUGCAGUGCAUUCGAACUUUAAGAUUUUUCGAUAUACAUCAAAUAAAAUAAUAAAUGUAGAACACGAAAGACCCAUUGCUUUUCUAAAUUUUAGAGGGUAUUGCAGUAAAAAUAAUACAAAUGAAAAUGAAGAUGUAUACCAAAACUUGCCCGCAACAGUUGCCAUUCCUGAGGUUUGGCCUCAUGUGCCAGUCAUUGCGAUGAAGCGUAAUCCUGUUUUUCCGCGAUUCAUGAAAAUUUUGGAGAUCACAAAUCCAUUAUUAAUCGAUCUACUACGAAGAAAAAUCAAGUUAAAUCAACCAUAUGUAGGAAUAUUUUUAAAAAAAGAUGACAAUAACGAUGAAGAAAUUGUUGAAUCUUUGGAUGAUAUAUAUGAUAUUGGUACAUUUGCUCAGGUUCAAGAAAUGCAAGAUCUUGGCGACAAGUUAAGAAUUGUGGUAACAGCUCAUAGGCGAAUACGAGCUACGAGUCAAAUGUUUGAAACAAUCGACGAUCUAGAUAGAAAAGAAGUAAUAAUUAGAUACCCAACGUUUAAAACUCAAAUUAAAAUAACAACAGAUGAGACACAUGCUGAUAAGCGAAGGCGAAAACAUCGCUUACGUAACCAACAUAAUACAAUGAACGAAGAAACUCGCCAAAAUACUAACAAAAACAAAAGAGAAGGAGAUCAUAUUGCAACUCCAUUAUUGAUGGUAAAUGUAGAAAAUGUAAAACAUGAUGAAUACAAGCAAACAGAGGAAAUAAAAGCUCUAACUCAAGAAGUCAUUAAAACUAUUCGAGAUAUUAUUACAAUGAACCCGCUGUAUCGUGAAAGUCUUCAACAAAUGCUCCAUCAAAAUCAACGGGUAGUAGAUAACCCAGUGUAUUUAUGUGAUUUGGGUGCUUCUCUAAGCGCAGCUGAGCCUAAUGAGUUACAAGCUAUUUUAGAAGAAAUGGAUAUAUCAAAACGUUUGUUUUUGUCCCUGUCAUUGUUAAAAAAAGAGCUUGAGUUGUCAAAAUUGCAAGCUAAAAUAGGGAGAGAGGUUGAAGAAAAAGUUAAACAACAGCACAAAAAGUAUAUAUUACAAGAACAGUUAAAAGCAAUAAAAAAAGAACUGGGAAUUGAAAAGGAUGACAAAGAUGCCAUUGCGGAAAAAUAUAGGGAAAAAAUCAAAGACAAAAAUUUACCGCAGCCGAUAAUGGAGGUUAUUGAAGAGGAGUUGAAAAAACUAAACUUUCUUGAAAAUCAUAGUUCAGAGUUUAAUGUGACACGAAACUAUUUGGAUUGGCUUACCGUAUUACCUUGGGGAAUAAUGAGUAAAGAAAACUUAGAUAUAGAGGAAGCUACAAAAAUUUUAGAUGAUGACCAUUAUGGAAUGGAAGAUAUAAAAAAAAGAAUUUUGGAGUUCAUUGCUGUCAGCCAACUUAAGGGAAGCACUCAGGGAAAAAUAAUGUGUUUCCACGGGCCUCCAGGUGUUGGAAAAACAAGUAUAGCUAAAAGUAUUGCUCGUGCCCUCAACCGAGAAUACUUUAGAUUUUCUGUGGGAGGGAUGACGGAUGUGGCAGAAAUAAAAGGUCACCGAAGAACAUAUGUAGGAGCGAUGCCUGGAAAGAUUAUACAAUGUUUAAAGAAAACUAAAACUUCAAAUCCUUUAGUUUUAAUCGACGAAGUAGACAAAAUUGGAAAGGGUUAUCAAGGAGAUCCUAGUUCAGCUCUAUUAGAACUUCUAGAUCCAGAACAAAAUACAAAUUUUUUAGACCACUACCUAGAUGUUCCAGUUGAUCUGUCAAAAGUUUUAUUUAUAUGUACAGCAAAUGUUAUUGAUACUAUUCCAGAACCGCUUCGAGAUAGAAUGGAAAUGAUUGAAAUGGCUGGAUAUGUGGAAGAAGAGAAAAUUUCGAUUGCUAAACAAUAUUUAGUUCCGCAAGCGCGAUCGGACUGUGGUUUGAAUGUUGAUCAAAUCAAAAUUUCUGAUAACACUUUGUCAAUCCUAAUCAAAAACUACUGCCGUGAAUCUGGUGUACGAAAUUUGCAAAAACAAAUCGAAAAAAUUAUUCGAAAAGUUGCUUUUAAAAUAGUCAAAAAAGAAAUCGAAACAAUGGAAAUUAAGCCAGACCUUUUGAAUGAGCUAUUAGGAAAACCAGUUUUCACCCGUGAUAGAAUGUUCACAGGACAAACACCUGUUGGGGUUUGUAUGGGUUUAGCUUGGACAUCUCAUGGAGGUUCAACAUUAUACAUCGAAACAGCUAAGAGGAAAACUACAACCAAUAAUGAAAAUAGCGAUGGUACUUUGGAGGUAACAGGAAAUUUGGGUGAUGUUAUGAAGGAAUCGGCAAGAAUUUCAUUAACAGUUGCUAGGAAUUUCAUUAAAGAAAAAUGUAAUAAUAACUUUUUGGAAGUAAACCAUAUCCAUUUACAUGUUCCUGAAGGUGCAACACCAAAAGAUGGACCCAGUGCUGGAAUUACCAUUGUGACUGCAUUGUUAUCCCUCGCUAAAAAUCAACCUAUCAAGAACGAUGUCGCUAUGACAGGUGAAAUUUCGUUGACCGGUAAAAUACUUCCAGUAGGUGGUAUAAAAGAAAAAACAAUAGCUGCUAAAAGAAGUGGAAUCAGAUGUCUAAUUUUGCCAGAAGAAAACAAAAAAGAUUUUUCAGAUUUACCUGAAUUUAUCAAAAGUGAUUUAACAGUUCAUUAUGUCAGUGACUAUCAUCAAGUAUAUGAUUUACUUUUUUGAUUGGAAAUUGCUAAAAAUCAAUAAAUAAAAAAGAUUCUAGUAAAAUUAACAAACAUUUUAUUUAAAUUAAAAUCAUAAAAUUU